AUGUCUUCCAUACUCGCCGCCCAAAUUGUCCGCCCCUCCAUCCGCCACUUCUCAGCCCACCGCCCUCGUCCCGAUUCGCGCGCUGCCCGCGCUGUCGCCAUGGGUUGCAUUAUCUCCGGCGUGGUACUUCCAUUUGUCCCCCCUGCUUUGGAAAGUUCACGUCAACGGAGCUUGGGCAUGUCUACGAGCGCCAAGAACCCCCCACUUUGCUUCCACGCGCGCUAG